CCCGCCAUACACAGAGGAACUGUCAUGGCGUCCUCCCGGUUCUCCCACCUCGGAUCUCUGAGUCGGCCGCCACUGAGGAGGUCCAAGCCCCCGAUCCUGAGAGUGUAUGACCUGGAGAAGAUUCUCUACACCGGGAAGACAAUCCGGAGCCACGCCGACGAGGUUUGGCCGAGACUCUACUUAGGAGACCAGGAGAUCGCGGCCAAUAAAGGGGAACUCCUCCAGCUGCGAAUCACUCACAUCCUGAACGCGGUUCAUAGUCGCUGGAGAGGAGGAGAGGAAUAUUACCGCGGGAUGAACAUCCUGUACAUGGGGAUCGAUGCUCAGGACAGCCCGAUCUUCGACAUGAGCGUCCACUUCCAGGCGGCCGCCGAUUUCAUCCAUCGCGCCCUCAAGGAGAGAGGGAAGAUCCUGGUGCAUUGUGCGGUAGGAGUGAGCCGAUCGGCCACAUUGGUUCUCGCCUAUCUGAUGAUCUACCAACGAAUGACUUUGGUUGAAGCCAUUACCACCGUGAAGGACAAGCGAGGAAUCGUCCCGAACCGCGGAUUUCUGCGUCAGUUAUUGGACCUGGAGAGCAAACUGAGAGCGAACCCGAGAUAGAACCUCCCGCGGGGAGCCGCCCGCCAUUCACUGGGAGACUCUCCGGCAAACGUUUGUGUAAUGAAGGGACUUUCUAGAAGGGAAUUGACAAUCACUGAUAGAAACGAGAAAUUCUUCCAUCCUAUGAAUUGUCACCGCGAUCAACGAACGCCAAUUUCACGUGAAUUAUUAUAAAAAGCAGAAACGUUUGACGGAAAGUCUCGCAGUGAUUGGCGAUUUCAGCGUGUAGAGAGCGUUAUAAAAGAGGGGGUGAUCCCUCGCGCUACCAAGUGAACCUAAUAAACGUAAUAACUUCCCCAGACGAAUUCACGUGACGUAACGCGUAGGGAGUGGCCGGAUAUACCGAACUAACCGGAAGUGACGAGGGAGGCGUCCAAGGGACUAAAAGAAACCCCUGCCCAUUGGCUGAGACACCCCACCCAUCCAUGAUCUGUCCUUGUGAAGCCCCCCUGUCAAUCUAAUGUCACCAACCAUAGCGCCACCUAGUGACAGAAGAGAAAAGGUGCAGCAAUUCCAGAAUUUAGGGAGAUCAGUGGAUCUUCUAUCAAUUAGCCAGAACAAUGACUUCCUGGGAAAAUACAUUUGUUAUCAACCCCGUCUAAGCCCCAGAGUGCUGCGCUAUAAUUCUACCACUUUAUAAAAAUCUGGUCCAGCCGCACCUGGAGUAUCCCGUCCAGUUCUGGUCACCAGUCCUCAGGAAGGAUGUACUGGAAAUGGAGAGAGUCCAGAGAAGGGCAACAAAGCUAAAAAGGGGGCUGGAGGACCUCAGAUAUGGGGGAUGGGGAAGUUCAGUUAUGGGGGAAGAGGAGAUCAGU